AUGCUGGGUUCACUAGCGUCCUCGCUCUUCACCCGAGCACUUGGGGAGUACUUUGAAUCCCACUCACUGGCAUCUGUUGGCCUCCGCGACUCUUCUGUCCACUUUACCGAUGUGGUCCUCGCACCUGCUGUCAUUGACUCGCUCGGCCUGCCUUUGGCGCUCUUUCACGGCACAGCCAAAUCGCUCACCUUUACCGCUCCGCUAAAGAAGCUCAACUCGUCGCCGGCUUCGCUUGUCAUGUCAGACAUUGCUAUUGUUCUCGUUCCGCCGGGUUGGGAUCUUGCUCGCGCCCAUGCCGCAAAGAUCAGAGCUUUAGAGUCGCUAGAGGCUCGCAAGGCUGCCAUCGCCUCGCGCCCGGAUUCGCCUUCAUCAGACUCGCCCGCAGCCGCCGCGUCGCCAACUGCCGCCGCCUCCUCAUCGGCGCCCGAGACCGAGUCCAAGUCGUCACGCCUCCUCGCCUCUGUUGUCUCGAACAUGUCGCUCGAGCUGAACAAUGUCCACGUCCGCAUCGAGCUUGAUUCCGCUUCCGCAGCCGCCGCACCCGUCGCACUCGGCUUUACCUGUGAGCGCCUCACUGUCGACACCACCGACGCCGACUUUCAGACCGCCUUUGUCAAGGCCGUCCUUCCCUUUGUCUACCGCUCUGCGGCUCUUGCCGGCUUCUCCAUCUACGCCGGCGUCGUCGCCCCGGCGUCCCUCGUCUCCCGCCAUCCCGUUCCUCACUUUGCCAAGCACAUGGCUGCCGCCGCUGAGGCCGCGCCACGUGAUGUUCUCCUCCUCCCUACGUCAGCAUCUGCCCGGCUCCAGCAGCCGCGCUCACCAACCGACCUUCUCACCCUCGCCCUCGACCUCGAUGCCCUCUCUGCUUCGGUCUCGCCACACGCCCUCGCGGCGCUCUCCCGCUUGCGCGACGCGCUCCUUGCCCCGCGGGCCCCAGCGCCACACCUCGCCCACCGCCCGCGCGUCCCCGUCCUCGCAGACCCGCUUGCCUGGUUUCGCUACGCCGCCACCGCCGUCCUCGCUCAGGUCCACGACCGCGCCUCACGUCGCACCCCGCGCUACCUCGCCGCCCGCCGCAAGGCGCGUCUCGCUUACAUGAAUCUUUGGCAGGAGAUCCUCACCUCCAAGGAUGGCAAGCUCAAGCGCAAGGCCGACGCCGCAGCUCUCGACACCCUAGAGCACGAGCUCUCCUUUGACGACAUCCGCCUCUUCCGCAUCAUGGCUGAAAUAUCCCUGGCAAAGUCCAAUGCCCUCGCCCUUCGCUUCCCCAACGCGCCCGCUGCCCUCCGUCUCGCAGGCAAGCGCUCCCGCAAGACCUCAGUUGCCUCCCGCAUGAUGCGCGUCUUCCGCAAGCCACCGCCUGCCCCGGCUGUCGCCCCGCCGCCUGCUUCCGGAAAGGCGACCAUCUCGCAGCAGCCCAAGUCGCUCGGCUCGCUCGACGACUGGCUCACAGAAGACCAGUGGGCCGAGUUGUAUGCUGCCCUCGCCUGUGACGCUGCGUCUGACCUGACCGAGUCUUCACCGGCAUCCACCCCGCGUACAUCUGCCACAGCCACGCCCGACGACGCCGCCCUAUCCACCCGUCUCUCGCUCUCGGUCGGCCUCCUUCGCGUCGCCGUUAUCGACGCCGCCGGUUCUCGCCUUGCCACCCUCGCCUCGGGCGCCCUCUCUACCUCGUACACCUCCACCCUUGGUGGCUCGUUUCACGUAGAUGCCGCCCUCUCGCGCCUCAAAGCCUUUGACCACACCCAAACCGACGGCAAGCGCAAGCUCGUUCUUGGCCCGCGAUUUGCCUCUCGCGGCGCAGCUGCAGAUACCCCAGACUUUGCUCUCACCUACGCCGGGCAUGCGUCCGACAGCGGGACCGCCUCCGGAGACGUCGCCACCUCGAUCGCCAUCCGUGCAGCCCCGCUCCUCGCCCAUGCCUCGCUCCCGCUCGCCCACGCCGUCACUCACGCCUUUGCGCAUCCGGCAGACACUCGCGCCGCAGACUCGUGGGAGCAUCUUUACGCCCGCUACGGUGACUCGUGGCACCUCUUUGCGCGCGAGAUCACGGCGCAGCUCAACCAAGCGCUUGCCCCGGCCUCCUCUCCGCGCGACCUCAGCCUCGACGUCGGCGACUCGCGCCUCGUCUUUGAUCUGCCCGGCUCCGGCGAGGCGCUCGUCCUCGAUUUUGGCUCGGUCACCUGCACAGCUCCGCCGCCGGACGCGCACAUCCUCCUGCCGGCCCUCACGCUCCCAUUCACGCUCCACUGGGCUCGCGCCAAGCCGGACCCGUCUCUCCCAAGCCUCUUCCUGGCCGGCCACUUUACAUCGCCCAUCACGCUCCACAUCUCCGACGCCUCGCUCGGCCAGCUCAUCCGGCUCGGCACCGCAUGGGCAGACGUGGGCUCGGCAGCGCCGCCGCCACCGCCAACUGCGCCGCCGUCGCCGGCCGCGCUCGCCCAAGCUUCGUCUGAAGCCGAGCUCUUGCCGACCGCUGUCCGCUCACUCUCGUCCGAUACUCUUGCACUCCUUGUUCCGUCCACUCUGCUGGCUGCCCGCGUCACCUUCGCAUCACUUGCUGUCGAGCUUCACUCUGCCCGCGAGGAUGCGCCGCCGCUACUUGUCCUCACCGCCAACGGCAUCGAUCUUCAGCGGACCGGCCGCAUGUUCGACACCAGGACUUCGGCGAGUCUCACCAGCGGCGUCGCGCUCCACUUUGCCGAUCGUCGCAAGCCCGUCAUCCAUAUUUCAUCUCUGGCCUACUCUGCCCUCGCCGUCUCGCCGCUCUCGCCCCUGCACGCCUCGCCACGCUCCGGCCCGCUUUUCACCAAAUCUGUCCACGUCGGUGACAUUGCUCUCGACCUGCUACCGCCGGCUGUCGAUGCCGUCCUCCUAUGGCUAUCGCACGUCGUCGCUGGCUCUGGUCCGCCAGGAAGCUCGGGUCCGCCCCUUGCCCAGGGCUCGCUGUCUGCCACCGCCUCGUCCUCGCUAGCCCAGGUUCACGGCAGGUACUCACUCGCCCUCUACGGCGCCGCAAUCACCGUCGUCACCGCAGCAGCAGACGAUAGGCCACUGGCGACUGCUUCUGUGCCGGCCUGGCGCAUCACCAGCAUGACUACCCGUGACUUGUCCGAGCUCCUUGUCGAGCUUGACGACCUGGCUCUUACCGACGCCACUACCCCACACGCCCGCUACGCCACCAUUCUUGCCGCGCCGGAGCAAGACUCCAAGCUCGUAUCUAUAUCGGUGCACGAGUCGACCACCGCUGCCGUCGUGGACGUCGCCAUUGCCCCACUCGAGCUGAUUGUGCUCGGCUCCUCGCUAGCGAUGCUGGGCAAGGUUGCCGAGUAUGCCGCCACUGCCGGCGCUGAACUUGCCCUCUGUGCCGACGGCUUUGGACGCGGCCGUCUUGACCGUCUCACCCCAUCUGCCCUCGAGGAGUGGUCCGCCCGUCUGCAGGCUCUCGACCUCAGCUACGCCCUCUCGACCGGCGCCGCAAGGAUCGUCGUCCCAGCUGCUGCCGCCGGCCCGCACGUCUUUAUCGCUUCCGCCACCCGUAUCAAAGCAAGAUCUGGCGCGGUAGGCGCUCCUGGCUUUCAACUCACUGUUGCCGACGCCAGCAUCAGUACGGGCCGCCACGGCGCGCUCUCUGGCCUUGCUGACAGGCUCAUCGUCCUACCGGUCGACAUUGUGGUCUUGCAGCAGGAGAAGCUCAAGCUGUGGGAGCUGGCCUGGGCCCACUCUGUCACUGCCCAGCUUGGCCCCGACGACAUCGAACUCCUCACAACUCUUCUCACCGCCGAGAGCGGCAACAUGCGCGACAUCGGGCCGUUGCUCGACCUCGCCUCGCCGACCGCACACCCGCCGGCACCUGCACUGGAAGCUACUCCUUCUUACCGGGAUGGCCCUGUGAGCUUGGCCUUUGAGCUCGCAUUGCGGCUUCCAGGCGCAUCGCUGCACCUUGCUGACGCUGCCGGUAUCGAGCUUUUCCGCGUCAAAGCUGGCGAGCUGUCCCUAGAUCUCUCCCGAUACUCGGACGGUCUCGUUUCUGCGAACGCUGCUCUAGCCGCAGCCUCGCUCGGCGACACCACCACUCCGUCGCAUCGCUUGCAUCCGGCACACGCCCAGGCUGCCGGUGUGUGUGCUGUCAGAGUGCAACUCACCACAGGCGGGCCUGACCUCGCGCUCAGCGUAGUGCUCAGCCUCGAUGGGCUCACGGUGUACCCACUCCACCCCGUCUGGGAGCAGGUGGCGACGCUGGUGCCGACUAGCACGUCGUCGUCGCCGGCUGACUGCCCUGGCUCACCAUCGCGCGCCUCACUUCUCGAGGCCAUUGAGGCCCGCGCCGCGCGGAUGAGCAUCAGUGCCACACUCUGUGAUCUACAGCUGCUCUUUCUCGGCCAGCCGGCGUCGCAUGUCUCUGACACCGUUGCAGUCCUCCUCGACGUACUCGACACUAGCUACGCGCACAACGCGCGGCGGGCACAGACAAGUGCGUUUGCUUCGUUCAAGCACUGUCAAGUUGUUCGGUGUGUAGCUGCGGCUGCCAAGCGAAGCACCAUCCUUGCGCCCGCCACGCUCGAGUUGCACCUGGCAUCGGCAGGCACAGAGCCGCUUGACCUCGACGUCGACAUCUCUGCGCUGAGCAUCGACAUCUCUGCGCGAGACCUUGUCCUCGUUCGCGCUAUUCUGGAACAAUUGCCACCGUCAGAUGAUGUAGGCGCCAUUGCUGUCGAGGAGACACCGGCUCUGACAGGACCAGCGCGGCUCCAGGCGCAGCUGCGGCGGUCGCUGCAUUUGCUGAGCCGACUCGCCCGCGGGCGCGCGGGAAGCGAGCAGCUGUCGGUGACUGCCAAGGCGAUACAGGUCCUUGUGGUCGAUGAUCGAGGGGAAUGUCUUGCGACGCCAGUCGGUCGAAGCGGGCUCUCCGCCGUCGAGCUGCAGCUGGCUGGCUGGAGCGAUGAUGCGACUGCAAACGGUGUCGUCACUUUUGAGCUCAGCGCCGAUGUGUACAACACCGAGACGGUGGCGUGGGAGCCACUCGUCGAACCCUGGACUGCGUUUGCCAAGCUCGUGACGGGAUGCGUCGUCGAGGCCGGCUCGACCCGGUGCCUCAACAUCAACGCCACCCCACGCGCUGUCGGUGUACUCCUGUCCGGAGUGGCACUGAUCGAGGCCCGGUCAGCGGGCGGCCGCAAGGUGGGAUGGGCGGCAGCAGCGGCGGCCGCUGCCGCGGCCGAUGUCGACUCGCCGUCGCUCAAUGCCAUGCCAUAUCGGUUGGUUAACGAGACUGGCGAGCCGCUCACGCUCUCGUACGCCAUCGAUGCCGAGGAGUCGCUACCGGUGGAGACGACUUCAGUUCGCCGCGGCGAUGUGGUCGGCUUUGCGCUGGAGACACCCGGCCGGGCCGCGCGGCGCGACGGCGACGCGCACCACGACGUCCACAUUCAAAUCCGCGGCUACCAGCCGGGUAUCCAUGUCGACGUCGACGCAGUCGGCGCGGCAGCCUACGCUGUGGUGUGCACCGAGACCGGCGCUGCACGACAGGUUGUUGUCGCAGUUGCCAUGGCUCAUCGGUGCAAGGUUCUCCGCAUCGGCUCGGGCCUCGCGGUUGCCAAUAACUGCACCGAGCCGCUAGCGAUUCGCGAGGCUGGCACUGAGGGUGACGGGUGGCAGUUGCCGGCUGGUGACCGCAUCCCAAUCCCACUCGCUGCGGCACAGUCGGCGUUUGAGGUGGCACUCCCGCAUUGCGCGUGGUCGACCUCGGUCAUCGAUGCGCGGUCGGCAAGCUCGCCCAGGACUGUGGUCUGCCACAAGGCAAGCGGCAAAGGGCACGCUGUGUUGACCGCCACCGCCAAGACUGAGCAUCUGGACUCGCUCGGCGCGUACCUCCUUGUCCUCCGCCCGCCACUCACCCUUAUCAACGCGCUUCCGGUUCCGAUGAACAUUCGUGUGAGCAAAGGCAAGCGCGUGGUGUUUGAGAGCGGCAUGCGGUGUGGCGAGAGCCUCCCGAUCCAUAUCGACUAUGCGGGACCAGAGAGCGUCAAUCUCUCGGUCUGCCCCAAGCUGUUUGGCUGGUCGGCAGCAACUCCGCUGACGACGUCGCGGAUUGUGGUCCGCGACCUGGCAGGCGCCGAGCUGCGGCUUGGCCUCCACUGCGAAGGCGAACAGGCGUUCACACUUUACGCUCCGUACUGGAUGGUCAACGCCACGCGGGAGCCGCUGGUGUUCCGGCAGGCAGAGACCGUGCUGGCGCGCGACGCCAAGUCGGCCGGCCAGCACGCGCCGCGUUCGGCGAUGAGCGCGCCAUCACCGGUCAUGUUCUCGCUCGUCCACAUGGCGAUGGGGAGGACAGCCCAGGUAGGCAUGGCUGUGAGCGCGCGGCGGCGCGAGAUGGCAUGGUCAAAGCCGUUUGGCAUCGACAGCGUCGGGACAACCGGGUCGGUCACAGUUGUGGCCGGCGCGCUCGCACUUGAGCUCGGGCUGGACAUCAAGCUAGGACCAGGCGUGUUUCAACUCACAAAGGUGGUGACUGUCAGCUACCGAGUCGUGGUCCGCAACACACUCGAGGUCCCGAUCCGGCUCCGACUCUCGACCGACCAGACAAGCAAGUCGGGAAAGGACGCCCGGAUGAAACUUGAGCCCGGCGAGGCGCGGCACGUGGUGUGGCCGAUCGGCAGCGCCAGCUCGCGUCGGAUGGCGAUGCGGCCGCGAGGUACUGGCCAUGGCUGGUCGACCGAGUUUGCGGUUGACUCCAUCGGUGAGUUUGCGCUCAAGUGCACCGGCGACGGUGUGUCCAUGUUCCUCUCGUGGAUCCAUGUGGCGCUCUCAGCGGCGACGCUGAUUGUGACGAUGGCGCCCGCGGCCGGCGCACCGCCGUUUGUGGUGAGCAACGAGACACCGUUUGCAGUCUCGCUCCGCCAACUUCCAGACGGCGUGCCGGAGGUCUUUGAGCCGUGGUGCAUGGCCGCGCCAUACGCGUGGGAUGCGCCCCAAGGCGCGCUUCUCGCCGAGCUCGCGGUCGACGAUCCGACUGCUACCGGCGCGGUCCGACUUGCACUCGCUGAAAUCGGAAGCCACCACUCACAUCUAGUGCUGGAGCCAUCGGGCGCAGUUGUGAAGGUCAAGGUGGCGACGUCCGGGCGGACACUGCUGGUCGAGCUCUCUCCCGCCGACGAUGGCGAUGAGGAGAGCGAGGGCGAUGAUGUCGGCGAAGACGGAGCCGAAGCCAAAGUCGGCGCCGAUCGAGCGGUGUUUAUCUCAUUGGCGAGGCUUGCCCUCUCUCUUGUCUGUCGCCAAGGCGUGGACUCGACGGGCUCGGUGCGCGAGGUGGCACUUUUGACCGCCGAGGGUGUGUUUGCCGAAGUCAGCGUCGACGGCAGCGACCGCACGCUGUACGAACUGGCACUGCGAGAGGUCCAGAUUGACAACCAGCUGCUAGACGCACAGUAUCCUGUGAUGUUGGCAUUUGAUCGGGCGCCGAACGACGACGGCGGGCGUGGAGCGUGGAAGACCAAGCCGGCAGUCCACGUCACAGCGGUGGAGCGGAGCUCGCCAGACGAAGCCGUUGUGGUCUUUGAGCAUUUGGAGGUGCUUGUGCAAGCGAUGCGACUCGAGCUCGACGAGGCCGCGCUGUUUGCCAUCCUCGACUACAUGUUCCAGUGCGCGGAGGCUUUGCCAGACGCUGCGAGUGGAGCAAUGCAAGAGCGCGACGACGGCGCUGGCGCGUCGCACACCGAGGCGCUGUGCGCGCUGGAGGGUCUGUCCACCAGCGAGUUUGUAGAUGCCGCCGGCCACUCGAGUGUGGUGGGGGCACUUGCGCGCGAGAUUGUGCCACGGUCGCAGGUGGCGCGCAAGGGCUGUGGCAGGCAGAGCCAUGACGUGCUCGCCGGGACAAUGGUGUACUUUAAGGUCCUGUUCCUCUCGCCGAUCUCAGUGAUGCUGACCUACACCGGCAGCGGCAGCGGAGCCGGGGCACAGUACGGACAGAGCUCACAGAUCUCGCGGGCGCUGGUCUCACUCGGCGUAACGAUGGUCGAGGUGGAGCAAGUGGCGAUUGCGCUCAACGCACUGGUUCUGGAACAUGUAUUCACCUCACAAGACCUCGCCGGUUGUGUGGGCCAGCACUACAGCUCGCAGUUGUACUACCAGCUGUACAAGGUCGUGGGCUCGUUUGCGGUCCUUGGCGAUCCGGCUACGCUGCUCGGCGGGCUUGGCUCGGGGGUGCGCGACUUUUUCUUUGAGCCUGCGCGCGGACUCAUCCGAUCGCCGGCCGAGUUUGCCCGGGGUCUGGGCGCCGGCUCUGCGUCGCUUGUCAAGAACGUUGUGUAUGGCGUGUUCAACACAACGUCCAAGGUGACUGGAGCGGUCGGCUCCGGCCUCGGCAUGCUCUCGCUCGACGACGAGUGGCGGCGGAAUCGCGAGCGAUCACAGCGGGCGCGGCCGGCGCACGUGGUGGCCGGCCUGACGUCGGGCGUUCGCGACAUGUCGCGCGGCGUGGCGUCGGGCAUUGCCGGUCUGGUGGUCCACCCGGUGCAGGGUGCACGGAGCGGUGGCGCACUCGGCCUGCUUCGUGGGCUGGGCAAGGGCGUGGUCGGCGCAGCGGUCAAGCCGGUGACCGGCGUGCUUGACCUUGCAGCGCAGACCUCUCGAGGGAUCAAGAACACAACGCGGCUGCUUGAGCGGUCUGUGACGCGCAAGCGGCGACCGCGGCUGGUAGGCAUCGACAAUGUGGUUCAUCGGUACAAUGUCGAGGGUGCACGAGUGCAGCUCCUGCUCCAUCAACUUGCUCCUGGUGAUCGGUAUGCGUUCCACGUCCUCAUUCGAAUUGCCAGCACAAGCAGCGCCGGCGACGGCGAGACGGUUGCCGACGAUGCAUACUACUGGCUCCUCGCUUCGGAGCACUGGGUCUUUCUCCUCCAUCUCCGACGGAACAGGCGACGUAAGCUGCAGAGCAAGGUGGUGUGGCGGAUGGCGGUGGCUAAGCUUGGAUCGGUCGACGUUGACGAUGACGGCGUCUCGUUGGUGGCGCGGUCGGGCAAGGUCCAGCGCGUGGCGUUGCCCGACGAAGCGCAGCGGGCGUCGGUGGUGUCGCGGCUGGUGCGUCUGGUGCCUGUGCGCGGUCUGGCGUAGCAAUGAAACACAGCUCAACCGGG